CCCAAGCAGCUGCUGGUAGGUGGAUCCAGUCUCAUCUUCUUGUGCCUCUCCUAUGUUUCUUGAGUAUAGCUGAAUCCCCGCAGAUUGAUCUUCCAGAUACAUCAUACAUGGAUUGUGAGGUCCUGGAGCGUAUACUUGAUGGAAGAGAGAAUCCGAGAAAUCUAUCACUCGCACUUUUGAAGGAUGUCACAGAAAAUUUCUCGGAGGAUCGAGAAAUCGGCCAUGGUGGAUUUGCAACUGUUUAUAAGGCUUAUCCAUGGCUCCGCGCAAACACCACAGACCAGAUAGCCAUAGAAAAAGAAGGAUCAAAAGAAUUUAUUUACGCAGAGGUAAGAGAAAGACUACUCUGCUUUGAGUAUAUCAGCAAUGGAAGCCUGAAAAAUUAUAUUACCGAUGAAUUAAGGGGACUUGAAUGGAACACACGUUAUGAAAUAAUUAGAGGCAUUUGUGAAGGUUUGUACCAUCUGCACCGGGAAAAGCAAAUUUAUCAUAUGGAUAUGAAACCUGACAAUAUACUGCUAGAUAAUGAUAUGGUUCCGAAAAUCACUGAUUUUGGUUUAUCGAGACUAGAUGAAAAGUCACAAACCAUGAGUGAAGACCGCUUCGGAUCAGUAGGAUACUGUGCUCCAGAAUACCUACAGCAGGGAAAGAUGUCAUUCAAAUCAGACAUGUACAGUUUGGGUGUUAUAAUUAUUGAACUAGUGACAGGACAGAAGGCGAUCCCCAACAAUAAUAAUGUACUUAGGAGAUGGAGGCACAGAUGGAAGAAAACAGGGAAGGAAACACCAUUGGUUUACCAACAAGUAGCAAAAUGCCUCGAAAUUGGGUUACUAUGCCAGGAAAUUGAGCCAUCCAAACGGCCUUAUAUAUGGGAUAUGAUACAUGUUAUUAGAGAAACUGAAGGUGCUAAUGGAAAAAUCAGCAAUUCCUAUGAACAUACAUUUGGACAGAUAAGCCCUUACUCGGAAGAUGAUAUGCUUGGAAUUGAGCCACUCCAACUACAUUUUCCUUUUGAGCUUAACAAACAGAUGUCAUGUGCACUUCAGCUAACCAAUGAGAUGGACUGUUACAUUGCCUUCCACGUUGAAAAUACGAGCCCGGUGUCAUACAACACACAGCCACAGAAAGGCAUUAUGCCUCCACGAUCCAAGUGUAAUGUCGAAAUAACAUUGCAACCGCAGGGCCAGGCUCUGAGAGAUCGUGCCAAUGAAUUUGUUGUAUGGAGCACCACAGUGAAUGGUGGCCUUACAGUUGAGGAUAUAACUAUAAACAUGUUCAUUAAAGAGGCAGACAACGUGGUUGAUGAGGUGAAUUUAGAUGUGGUUUUUGACGGUGGUGAGCCACAAGAAGCAAGUAAGAAAACAAGCGAGCCACAAGAAGCAAGUAAGAAAACUAGCGAGAUGGCAGUGGAAGAGCUGCUUGCUGCUGCGGAAGUCUACGUGAGGCUGCUGCUUGCUGCUGCGGUAGUCUAUGUGAGGCUGCUGCUUGCUGCUGCCCCUAUGCUGCUUGUUGGUGCUGCGGCUGUGCUGUUGCUUUCUGUCUUUCACAUUUUAGCCAUGCUGCUGCUGCUGCUUGCUGUUGCUUGUCCUGCCUGA